AGGGUCACUCUAAUUUUGGACGAGCAGCGGCACUUUCGCUUCUUCUUCUUCGCUCUGCACCGAACAACGACAACAGUUCCACGGGAGUCGCAGGAAUCGUGAGACAAUACUGUUCCCAAGCACAUAUAGUAGUCUCCAAGCUCAGUCGCAGCGUGCGUUUCGAGACAGCUCGAAACCAGAUUCAGACGACUACGUAGAUUCCAUCCCGAAAGCAGAGCAGCGGACGAGGACGAGGAAAUCGCUUUUCAACGAUCCCGACGAAAGAACUGAGGAAAUCAAAAUUGAAGGAGUAAUGGCACCACACGAUCGCGACUUUGGUCACAGUGGACGUGGCGGUCGCGGAGGCGAUCGAGGCGGCGAUGAUCGGCGAGGAGGCGGCGGCGGAGGCAAUCGCUUCGGUGGCGGCGGUGGCGGUGGCGAUUACCACGGCAUAAGGAAUGGACGCGUCGAGAAGCGACGCGAUGACCGCGGAGGCGGCAACCGAUUUGGAGGUGGUGGUGGAUUCGGGGAUCGCCGAGGAGGAGGUGGCGGCGGCAGCCAAGACCUCCCCAUGCGUCCGGUCGACUUCUCCAACCUGGCUCCCUUCAAGAAGAACUUUUACCAGGAGCACCCUAACGUAGCAAACCGAUCGCCCUACGAAGUUCAGAGGUAUCGCGAAGAGCAGGAGAUCACCGUGCGCGGACAGGUGCCGAACCCCAUCCAGGACUUCUCCGAGGUCCAUCUGCCCGACUACGUCAUGAAGGAGAUCCGCCGACAGGGCUACAAGGCCCCCACCGCUAUCCAAGCGCAGGGCUGGCCUAUCGCCAUGAGUGGCUCGAACUUCGUCGGCAUUGCCAAGACGGGAUCCGGAAAGACCCUGGGCUACAUCCUGCCCGCUAUUGUCCACAUCAACAACCAGCAGCCGCUGCAGAGGGGCGACGGACCUAUCGCCCUCGUGCUGGCCCCCACUCGGGAGCUGGCCCAACAGAUCCAGCAGGUGGCCACCGAAUUCGGUUCCUCGUCGUAUGUUCGCAACACCUGCGUCUUCGGCGGCGCCCCGAAGGGCGGCCAAAUGCGGGAUCUGCAGCGCGGCUGCGAGAUCGUCAUUGCCACACCCGGACGUCUUAUUGAUUUCCUCUCCGCCGGCUCUACUAACCUGAAGCGUUGCACCUACUUGGUGCUGGACGAGGCCGAUCGCAUGUUAGACAUGGGCUUCGAGCCCCAGAUCAGAAAGAUCGUCUCACAGAUCCGGCCCGACCGACAGACGCUCAUGUGGAGCGCUACCUGGCCCAAGGAGGUCAAGCAGCUUGCCGAGGACUUUUUGGGCAACUACAUCCAGAUCAACAUUGGAUCGCUGGAGCUGUCCGCCAAUCACAACAUCCGCCAGGUGGUGGACGUUUGUGACGAGUUCAGCAAGGAGGAGAAAUUGAAGACCCUCCUGUCAGACAUCUACGACACCAGCGAGAGCCCCGGCAAGAUUAUCAUAUUCGUGGAGACAAAGCGACGCGUGGACAACCUGGUGCGCUUCAUCCGCAGCUUCGGAGUCCGUUGUGGAGCUAUUCACGGUGACAAGUCGCAAUCAGAACGAGACUUUGUGCUCCGUGAGUUCCGCUCGGGCAAGUCCAACAUUCUGGUGGCCACCGAUGUGGCGGCCCGUGGACUAGGUAAGUUUGCUCUCGCAGCGGCGUAGAAUAUACACCGUAGUUUGCGGCCGAAAGAUUUGGAUGGGCCUGUUUAGCGAUAAGGUCACACUUGCUAGGGCCAUUGCUUACAACAUACCAUCACUACCAGAGGACACCGCACCUAACGAUCACCCAGCAUCAUUACACGCACCCACUACAUGCGAGCAGAACCUAAUCCUACCCGUAAACCAACCUACCCACCAUCCGAACUUCCUAACCACACCUAAUGAUAUAUCCCGGUAUCUACCCACAUCUAGCGAGCGCGCCAACUCAGAAACAGUUUUUUUUAGACAUACGCCAAAUGCCGAAAUCGAAUAAUCAACUUGAACUUUUACCCCACCCCCUGACCCUGACCUGCAACCCGCCCCCACCUGCAACACCCGGCCCAACCCCUGCUAAAAUAAUGUAUGAAAUGCGUAAUGAUCGUAUAUGAUCCAUAUGCACUGCGGUGUACCUGUUACUACGCAACUUUUGUCUUUGUGCGUGUCUCUGCCUCUUUCUCUCUCUCCCCCCCCCCUCUCUCUCUCUCUCUUUCUUGUUUCUUUCUCGUUUACAGAGGCCGAUUUUGGUAGUAUGAUGGGGAGGAUAAUGAAUGAGCGGCGACCACUGCGAACACUCGUGACUUGAGCGACUUUUGCCAACAUCAGAAUCAGAUCUGUUAUGAUAUAUGAUGAUAGCACAUCCUGUGUGAUAUCUUGCGCAAAAGGACCGAUGAAAGUUCUCAGAUUCAGACGGUCGAGAGACACGAAUAUCGAAUAUCCCCAACAUCAUGCAUCAUAUGUGGCCUCUGCAGUCCCCGACUUUUUGUUGAGAAAGAGUGAAAUAAUAUGAUAUGAGACGUUUUUGCGACCAAAGACUACCAUCUACCAACCAAAAACCAUCUACCAAUCAACCAAAUAAGAUCCAACAACAACAACUGAACCGAACCAUCAGAGAGCCAGCUUUUUCCUCAGCAGUGGAUGGCGGAAGGCGGCGUGCAAAGUAUUGACGGGGUGGCCUGGCCCUUGAGAAAGCACUAGAAUUGGACAUGCACCAAGUCGACAGCAAAAGCCAAAGCAAAGCAAGCAAGCAAAAACAAGCACAUUGACACCACCACCCCCACAACACAAACCACACUCACAAAUAAGAACACCUGACAUUUGCUUUAACCAGAGUGAGGACGAGAAGAUCCAUCCGGAGAUGGAUGAUGUGUGUGCUUUCGAGGAUCCAGACGAAGAUGCUGCUGCUGGGUGCUGCGUCCUCCCAAAAGCUCACUACCACCACCCACUGACCGCGUUUGCCGCCGCAUCAGUUAAGCCCACUGCUCCUGGACGAAAAGGCGGCCCGCUUGUUGUUGUUAACCCUCCCAAAAAGUUCAAUCUUUAUAUAAUGGUCGUGUCUCCUCUCGGUGGUCACCUCCAAAAUGGUCCAUGUGAGAAGAGAGCUUAGUCAGAGGCGCACGCGGCUCAAUGCAACAAACUCUCCGCUUCGCCGUGCGAUCGAGAUCGCUACCUUGCUGUUUCUGGGGAGAGUUUGGACCACGAGCUGCGCGCCGCCAAUCAGAGAUUUUGAUUGAGAGAAAAUUGAGUGAAACAAUUUAUAGCACCAAGAAGACGUGGACGGCAUCAAGUAUGUCAUCAACUUUGACUACCCGCAAAACAGCGAGGACUACAUCCAUCGCAUCGGUCGCACAGGACGAUCCAACACAAAGGGCACCUCUUUCGCCUUCUUCACCAAGAACAAUGCCAAGCAAGCCAAGGCGCUGGUCGACGUACUCCGAGAAGCUAAUCAGGAAAUCAAUCCUGCCCUGGAAAAUCUGGCCCGCAACUCGCGCUACGACGGUGGCGGCGGACGCUCCCGUUAUGGAGGCGGUGGCGGCGGCGGUCGCUUCGGCGGCGGCGGCUUCAAGAAGGGCAGCCUGAGCAACGGACGAGGCUUCGGAGGAGGCGGCGGCGGCGGCGGCGAAGGCAGACACUCGCGCUUCGACUAGAUCGCGGACAAUUAGAUGAGCAGUAAAAGAAGCUAUAGGAACAGGAGAUUUCAGUAGCUAAACUAAACCGCACUAGGUCCUAAGUUAAAUUAAGUUCAUAGCUUAAGUUAAGAUUUCGUACUACUUUCACCAAACCGCUGACGGUUAUUUUUAGACUUAAAUUCAGACUCCCUGAUUAAUGAAACACUACAAAAUGCGAGCUAUUUGAACAUAGCGAAUUUAUGUUUAAAUGAUUUGUAAGUUAUUUGACGCUGGCCGCGAGGUCGGUACAACACAAUCCAAUUGAGAACAUCAAAAACACUUUACUUAAACGCAAAAACCAAUUUUCAAAUAUCAUGUGAUAAUUUCUUAAUUUAACGCAACGUAUCACUAAACUAAAAGCAAAGGAAAUCGUAGCGCGAGGAGUACGUUGAUGUAGUGGAGGAAAAGGAGGAAGUAAGGAUCAUUCCCGUCUGUCCCGUUUUGAUGACAAUGAACAAAGGCUGACCUGACGAGCGACCUUUGUUUGAUAAAUAAAUUCUUCAAAUUACUUUUGGAAAAUUAACUUUUGGAUACCUUUUAUGGCUCAACACGAGAACAAGAAUGUGUAAAGCAAACAAAGCAAACGGGAAAUCACAUUAACUACUGACACUAAAUACAAAAGAAAAACAAACUGUAUGUACAAGAUGAGAAGUUCUCUUUCAAUUUAAUUUUUCGGAAAAAAAUAAAGUUUGUGUAUACCUAUUACAACCU